AUUUCGAUGAAGUAGUAUUAUCUACAUUGAUAAAAGGCCGUAUUGAUAACAAGCCAUAAUAUCAUGCGAUAUCAGAUAGACUUAUUAAUACCGAGACUUAUGUUGUGUGAGGAGUUUUAAAAGUGAUUAAGUGAAGUGUAUUUUUUAAUUAUAAAUACAUACUGGUUCUAAUAAUGGCCAGAGGAAAGCCAAGCAAUGAAGAAGCCGAUAAUGGAAGUAUUUCAGAAGAAGAUACCGAUCAAGCUUUGACGCCAAAUGAUGAAGCUACUGAAGGGAACAAACACUUAGUGAAUGAUGCUUUUGUGUCUCACGCACCUCAUUACAAAUAUGUAGAACCCACCGAUUUUGCGGUAGCGUCAUGUUCAAAUAUACAAUCAGCCGAAUCACACAAGGUAAAUAACUAUUCAAGAGCAGCUAAAUCGCAUCCUCUCGUAGAAAUAAUGGAUCUCUUAGAGGAAAGCAACCCAGGUUACACGGACACCGACCAAUCCAUAUACAAUCAAAUUCGGAAGUUAGCACAAGACGGUAUUUUGAGUUCUUUGCUUAGGAAUAAGGAUAUUAAAGGUAUAGAAGAACUUCGACCACAUGCAUCUGGUAGUAAAUUAGAUGUUCCUUCAACACUUUAUAAUACCAGAGCGUUACCAAAAGAUGCCGAAUCAUACAGACUGGAAAAAUUCGAGAAAAACGCUAUGCUUAUAAUCAAUCAGAUAAAAAUAAAAGGCUACAAGCAUCCAAGACAUGGGUCAAGGCAGGAUGGCAGGGACUUGAGGACCACUUUUGAAAAAUUCGGUUUCAAAGUUGAAGAGAAAUUUGACUUGGAUAAAGCAUCCGUUGAGAGUGAAUUGAAAGAAUUCAGCGAGAAGGAUUUUACGGAUUACGGUUGUUUGGCAGUGGUAGUUCUAACCCAUGGCUCAGACAUGGGAAGGUUGAAAACCAGUGACAAUAAGGUGAUCUACGAAGCGGAAAUCAUCCAGUACUUCAGUAAUCGAAAUCCGACUCUGGUCACCAAACCAAUACUCUUUAUCAUUCAGGCAUGUCGUGGCACGAAGAUGUCGGAGGCAAUCUUUGCUGGGAGGGUGUCAGAAAUGACCAAAGACGCUGAUGAAGAGGAGAUUGUUCCUUACACCGUCCCAGCAGAGUCUGACAUGCUUGUACUGCACAGCUCUUAUGUUGGAAAGCUUUCCAUCAGACAUGAGCUGGAAGGCACUUGGUUCAUACAAACCCUUUGCAAGAAAAUCAACGCCAUGGCUUCAACUCACCACUUAGAGGAGAUAAUGCUGGCAGUGAAGAGAGAAGUGGCCAUAGACAAGAACUUCGAAGAAUACAACCGGAGUACUGACUCGUACGAAAUAAACAAGCAAAUGCCCACAGUCACUUCCACUCUCAUAAGGAAGCUGUAUUUGAGGAAAGUCGCUUCUGACACAAACCAUGCCGACGGCGAAGUAUCGAAUAUUUUCACACAAAGCUCAAUCCAACAAUUUUCACCAUGUGCGUGCUACUUGGACGUUUUCUUGUAUCUGAAGUCUUGCAUCAGAUAUUAUGUGGAAGAAAACCAAGAUGACUACGAGGCUAAAUCAUUUUUGGACGUAGCUGAAUCAUUCAGUGACGGUGAGGAGUUCCAUCAAGCUAAACUAAACAUGGCUAGAGUUAUAAGGAAUCAUCUAAUGAAGGCAGCUAAGGAUGAAGGGUAUUAUAAGUUUUUGUACUUGUUUAUGGAUCCCGCGGUAGAAGAGUAGGGUGAGUAUGGCAACAGUGGGUCAAUGUUAUUUGAGAGCCCCACGACGCACGCUUUUUUAUUAUUUAAACUUACAAACA